GACACAAGGAGCUCCUCAACCAUCCGAAAUGUCACCAUUCCAAUAAAGAAACCAAAGAAGAACAGAGUCAAGAGGAGCGGAAGGAAAUGGACUGCAGAAUUUGGCAUAUUAUUUUCCUGUGUCUAUCAGCAGGAACAGUUAUUGCUUCUGAAGACGAAGCCCGACUUGUUGAGAACUUAUUUAAGACUUAUAACAAAGUGGUCCGUCCUGUUGAGACGUUCACUGAUAAGGUUGUGGUAACAGUUGGACUCCAGCUUAUACAACUCAUCAAUGUGGACGAAGUAAAUCAAAUUGUGUCAACAAACGUCCGGCUGAAACAGCAAUGGGUGGAUGUCAAUCUAAAAUGGAACCCAUCAGACUACGGAGGGGUAGACAAGAUUCGGAUCCCAUCUAGUGACAUUUGGCGGCCAGAUUUAGUUCUUUACAACAAUGCAGAUGGCGAUUUUGCAAUUGAACCGGAAACUAAAGUACUUCUGGAUUAUACAGGAAAGAUUAUAUGGUCUCCCCCUGCCAUCUUCAAAAGCUACUGUGAAAUCAUAGUCACAUAUUUCCCAUUUGACCAGCAAAACUGCAGCAUGAAGUUCGGCACUUGGACCUACGAUGGCACUUUAGUGGUUAUAAACCCGGAGAAUGACCGUCCAGAUCUGAGCAAUUUUAUGGAGAGCGGAGAAUGGCUGAUGAAGGACUAUCGCUGCUGGAAACACUGGGUUUACUAUACCUGUUGCCCUGACAAACCUUAUCUGGAUAUCACGUAUCAUUUUGUCUUACUACGUCUUCCACUUUAUUUCAUCGUCAACGUUAUCAUACCAUGUCUGUUUUUCUCAUUUCUGACUGGAUUGGUGUUUUAUCUGCCUACUGAUUCAGGUGAGAAAAUGACUCUUAGUAUAUCAGUACUGCUGUCAUUGACUGUGUUCCUUCUGGUCAUUGUUGAACUGAUCCCUUCAACCUCAAGCGCGGUACCUUUAAUCGGCAAAUACAUGUUGUUUACCAUGGUGUUUGUCAUUGCCUCAAUUAUUAUUACAGUAAUUGUCAUAAAUACACAUCAUCGUUCUCCAAGUACACACACCAUGCCCCAGUGGGUAAGAAAGAUUUUUAUUGAAACUAUUCCAAACCUUAUGUUCUUUUCUACAAUGAAGCGACCUUCUCAAGAAAAGCAAGGCAAGACUCUCUUUUCAGAAGAUAUUGAUAUAUCGGAAAUUUCGGGAAAACUUGGACCUGCUGCUGUGGUUUACCAAUCUCCAGUUUUAAAGAACCCAGAAGUCAAGAGUGCUAUAGAAGGGAUCAAAUACAUUGCAGAGACCAUGAAGUCAGACGAGGAAUCCAAUAAGGCAUCAGAAGAAUGGAAGUUUGUUGCAAUGGUGCUAGAUCACAUCCUCCUUGCAGUCUUCAUGACCGUUUGUUUUAUUGGGACGUUGGCUGUCUUUGCCGGACGACUGAUCGAGUUAAAUAUGCAGAGCUAAUAUGUAACUGGAUAAGAAGUCUCUAUUCCGCGUUUGGAACUAAAAUCAUUAGUGGAUACUGAUAGCAUUCACGUCUUUUGUUUUACAUGUGACCUGAAUGAAGAUGGUACUUUUCUUGCAUCUCAUUCAUGUACUAGGAGUAUCUGAUAAACUAUGAGUAUACAAUGUGUCAAACCAAGUAUGGCUAGUUUAUUUAAAGUGUAAGAAGCAGAUACAAAUAUUCACCUCCACGUGAAAGUGAUCCAUGGGGCCGAUGAUAAUGAGGAGGUCAAGGGAUACUUGAUAGUGUAAUCUUCUCUAGAAUCCUAUCUGUGCAUUAUAUUGAAAAGUGAGAGAUAAUUUAUGAUAGCACCUCCACCACCAGAUUUUACCAGUAGGGGGCAUUGUAGUAGUACAUAUUGUCUAGGUAAUCCUUACCAGAAGAAGAAAUUAAUUAGAAUAACAAUCAUAUAUGCCUGCAAAGGGAUAUAUAUAUAUAUAUAUAUAUAUAUACAUAUAUAUAUUCUAAAUUGUAAGCACAUUCUCCUAGAUAUUAAACUUCUUUUGAGCAGGGACCUCUUCACCUAUUGUUUCAUUACGAACAUUACUUUGUAUGUCAAUACUUGUUAUUUAAUAUCCUCUAUGUAUAAUUGCAAAGUACUGCAGAUUAUGUUAUAGAAUAAGAAUAAGAAUAUAGAUAUACUGUAUGUUUACCAAGACAUAAGAUAA